AAAAAGUGGUGCUUUUCAAUUUCAAUAUUCAUUCUUAUUUGAAACGUCAGAUUGUUUGACUUUGAAAAAAAUGUUGAAAAUGUGAUAGUCAACUCAAGACUCCGUGUGUGUAUAAAUGAUUUAGUUCAUAACAAAAAAGUGACAAAAUUUAGUAAAAUACUCUAAUGGCUAGUGGUAGAUUUAUUUCAAAUUCAAAUAAUCAUUUAAAGAAGACACUCACCUUGAGCUUGAGGAAUAAUUUCCUACUAAGCAAAUGGCAGCAACAUCAAGUGGCUGAUUAUAUUAUUAGGCAUUUUAUUAAUCCACAACUAGGUUCGCGAAAAAAAGAAUAUAAUGCCCGUAAACUGGUGGGGUAUUCCAUGGAACAAAUGUACACAGUGGUCUCAGAUGUGGAAAAAUACAAAGAAUUUUUACCAUUUUGUAAUAAAUCCGAUAUAAUAGUGAGAAGAGAUGAUUUCCUUAAAGCAAAUCUUGCGAUAGGAUUUCCACCUAUACAUGAACGAUACACAUCAAGUGUUACAUUACGUCGACCGUAUUUGGUGCAAGCCGUAUGCACAGACGGAAAACUAUUCGAUUAUUUAGAAACUGCAUGGAAAUUUAUGCCUGGUUUAAAAAGUAACGAACAAUCAUGUGUGAUCGAUUUUGCUGUAUCGUUUCAAUUCCGGUCGUUAUUAUAUUCACAAUUAUCACAUUUAUUCUUUGAUCAAUUAGUGAAACAAAUGGAAAAAGCGUUUAUAACAGAGGCACAACGACGAUAUGGUAAACCUACAACCAAAGUGAUACAGUUAUCGUCGAUGGUAGAAACCUCGAAGAUGUAAAACUUGAACACAACUUUCUUGUAUUUUAGUUUUAUGAUUCUGUGUGAUUCCUGUUGAUUAUUGAUUA